CGCGGUAUUAUCUUUUAAUUAUGAUAAUGAUUCUGCCCAGCCUCUUGAUCAAAGUCAAGAUUCAUAAAUUAUUCAGAAAUAUUUCAACGUCCAAAUAUUUUUUUAGUGAAGAGUUAAAUGUUCAUCGAGACACUAAAGACAAUAAUGCAGACACACCUUUUGAAUUCUCCGAAGCGAAUGUAAAGAGACUGUCAGCUAUCAUUCAGAAUUAUCCUGAGGGAUUUCAACGAUCUGCAUUAAGCGCCGCUAUGGACAUUGUACAAAGGCAGAUAGGCUGGGUCCCAAUAUCUGCUAUGCACAAAGUGGCUGAAGUACUCAGUAUACCCAGGAUGAGAGUUUACGAAUGGGCUACAUUCUAUUCAAUGAUUAAGAGACGAUACAGGGGAAAGUAUAAUGUUAAAGUUUGCGUCACAACACCAUGUAUGCUUCGAGGUGCCGACACUAUUCUUCAGGUGGUAGAAGAGACAACACUCUGCUGUACUGGCGGAGUGUCUGCGGACGGUAUGUUUGGCGUCGAUAUUGUGCAGUGUCAGGGAGCCUGUGUUAAUGCCCCUGUUAUAGUAGUAGACGACGAUUAUUACGAGGAUGUCAAUGAAUGCGAUGUACAUAAUAUUAUACAAACGUUGAGAUGUGGAAGAAUUCCACCGUGGGGCCCUCAAUCGGAUAGAUUCACUUCGGAACCAAUAACUGGCAAGACAACUCUAAUAGAAGAACCACCACCGCCUGGGUUUGGUUUACAACCAUCGUUAUUCAGUCCAGUUUGAUCCUGUGCAACA